AUGCUCUUACAAGAUUUGUACGUUUAUCCAGAGAUUGUUCUUGACCAUAGACCGAGGACACUUGCUGUUGCUGUGAUUUCAUUGGCCUUCUCUUCUCUCAACCUUAACAUUGAAGACAUAGAAUGGGCACCAGUUUUUGUGCAGAAAUAUGACGAGAGGCGAAUGUACAAAAUUAAGAAGAAAAUUUUGGAACAAAUUUAUGAAAUUAAAAAUCUUUUAUAA